AUGGAGGUUACGCAAGUCAAACAGGUUAUACCAGUCACGCCGCCAGACCUUACAGAGAAGAACCUCGACAAGCUGGCCGAAUAUGUCUUCAACCAGCUCGAGAACUGCAGAAGCAGACCUUGGAUAUGUGCAUGCCGCUACGAAUACAUCAAUAACUUGCGCCUGGGCUACCUAAACUGCCUCACCAUCCCUGAUCAAUCUUCUCUUCGUAGAUCGUCUCGUAUACGCGAUCACAGUGAUAGGCUCUCACAUCAUCGCGCAGCUUGUCAGAAGGUUUACGGCAUCCUCUAUCGAGAUGACUUGCGUCGAAUCCCAUAUCUUACUUGGUCGGACGAUGUUCUUGUCACCUCGCUCAAGCAACGCAGAAUCACUCUGCCCCGUCAGCGAGUCAGGGCAGUAUAUGUUUCGAAGUUACAACACGCCGACGUAACUCGCACCUUUGCAUUCAUGGACUUGCCUCAGGAAAUCCGUCUGAUGGUCUAUGAGUUCGCUCUGCAGUUCGAUGAAGACUUCUACACCAAAAAACCAUACGGCCUUAAGCCCGCAACCAAGCCAGCUCUACUGCAAACCUGCAGCCAAAUCCGCGAGGAAGCAACACCGAUCUUCUACCGCAUCAACCGCUUUCUUCUUCGUUUUGGCAAGGACGACUCGGCCACUUCUUGCCGCACGUUAUCUUGGAUGAAGAGAUAUGUGAGUGCUACAGAUCUACAGAACCUGCGCUACAUCACUCUCUCAAGCUUCCACUACGGCUGGAGUUACCACAUCAAAAUCGACCUCAACUGUCGCGACCCUCUCAAAUGGACCUUGCAAUGUAACCAUGAAUCCAGACAUAAUCUUUCCUGCAACAACCAUUACCCGCUCUCGGAAGAAAGCACAGUCAUGCAAGAAAGGUAUCCGAGAAGAAACUGCGCUCUGGCAAAGCAUCACCAGAAUGCUGGACUGGUUGCUGCAAAUCUUGCCGCUGCUCACAAAGCCAUUGGUGAGCUGUGGGAAGCAUGCGGAGAGAAUGGUAGAAUCAAGCCAUCUUUCGCAGGACUCUUGGAUUUUGUUGGAGCAGUCAAGGACAUCAACACAAACCUGACUCAAAGAUAG